AUGCUGUCAGCCGAUGUAACCUUUCUCCUGCAAGCUCUUUACACAUUUGCCGCAGUCAUCGCUCAAACGAUUUUCACCGGAUAUUUGAUGUUCUCGGAGAGACAUUUCAAAAAUGUGCAUCGACCGAGUUGCAUUGCGAUUUUCAUAUCGUGUUCCUGUCUUCUUAUUUUCAAUCUGCUCACAAUGAAACUCCAAGUUUACACAUACGAAUGGGAGUUUUUCCGGCACAUUCAACAAUUUUUCCUCGACAAUAAGAACAUCGGCAAUUUGUGUUCGUACAUCGCUGCCUAUUUCGCUUUUGUCGCCUACGCAGUCGUUUUCACAACGUCGAGCCUGCGAUUGGGGUUGAAUCUAUCGUUUGUCAGGCAUAACUCGCAAGCGCUGACUCUAUAUUUUCUUGACUAUCUCUUGCCUUUACCAUUUGUUAUCUAUUUGGAGAUGAUCACGCCCGAUACGACCAAUAUCACACUUAUUAUCAAGGCAUAUCGAACGGUGACCCUGAUUCUCUCGACAUAUUUCACAAUGUUAACUGCAGCCACAUUUGUCGUCAACUCUCUCAACUACUACAUUUUGUAUACUCAACGAUCAAGUGCUCGAGUGAAACGUUUCAUGUUGAUUCGGAUGCUCGUUUUCUUCUUGCUCGAGGGCCAGCUCGCCUCGCAUUUUGUGAGCUUUAUCUUGCAAAAGAGCCAU